CCGGAAUUAGGGGUCAGAGGUCGGUAAAUAUUGGUGAUGUCACGCAGCCGACAUGGCGGAAGGGGAGGAUGGGGGUUGGUGGAGGAGCUGGUUACACCAGAGCUACACUAACGUACGAGACAAGUCUGCAGAGGCUUUGGAGUUUAUGAAGAGAGACCUAUCGGAGUUUACACGAGUUGUGCAGCAUGAUACGGCGUGCACGAUUGCAGCGACCGCAACUGUUGUCAAGGAGAAACUGGCGGUGGAAGGUUCCUCAGGGACUACAGAAAAAGUGAAGAAAAGUCUUUCAGAUUUUCUGGGAGUGAUCUCCGACACUUUUGCGCCAUCUCCCGACAAGACAAUUGACUGUGAUGUUAUCACGUUGAUGGCCACGCCGUCUGGGACUACAGAACUCUAUGACGGCACCAAGGCGCGCCUGUACAGUCUGCAAUCUGAUCCAGCAACAUACUGCAAUGAACCUGAUGGUCCCCUGGAACUAUUGGAUGAAUGGUUGACCUCCUGGGACUCAGAGGAAAGGAAAGCAGAAAUCUCAGAACUGCUGGUUUCCAGCCCUUCCAUCCGAGCACUCUACACCAAAAUGGUACCCGCAGCUGUUUCACACUCAGAAUUCUGGCAAAGGUAUUUCUACAAAGUGCAUCAGUUGGAACAGGAAGAAGCUCGGAGAGAUGCUCUGAAGCAGAGAGCAGAACAGAGUGUACAUUUUGAAGAUCCAGGAUGGGAGGAGGAAGAGGAAGAAUUAGUCAAAGCAGGCUCCCCUCGCAGCACCAGCUACGAAGAUAAUUUAAGGAUAUUGCCUUCUGCCAUUCCAACUCUAAAUGUGGAAGGCAGUUCUGAGGAGCCAGAACAACCUGGCAAAGAAACUGUCUGUGUCACAAGUCCUUCAGAGAGCAGUGAAAGUCUCUCCCCCAUCACUCAGAUUGACAAUCCAGCGUACCAUGGUCCUACUGCACCAGCUGAAAACCCUGCCAGUCCAUCUCCAGUAACUGAUGAUUUGCAAGAAGACAAACCAGAUAAGCAGUCUUCUUCAAACUUUGAAGAACAAUUGGCCAAAGGAAACACGCAAAAUGCAGUUCGUGAGCCACCUUCUGACCUUCGUGUGUUUGAGCUCAAUAGCGACAGUGGGAAAUCCACACCUUCUAAUAAUGGGCAGAAAGGGUCGAGUACAGAUGUCAGUGAGGACUGGGAGAAAGACUUCGACAUGACAGAAGAGGAAGUACAGCUGGCACUUUCCCGGGUGGAGGUAUCUGGAGAGCUUGAGGAUGAAGACUGGGAAAAUUGGGAAUAACUGAUGGAGAGAGGUCACUUCUUCUUCUCCUGGACACUACACUCUGACCUGAAUUUUUUUUCCUCCAACGUCAUCUGCCAGACAUCUAUCAUGCUGCUUUGGUCUGCGCUGGGUGGCACAUGUCGAGAGCAAAUGAAUCAGUGUGCACUGGCAUAGCAGGGUUUUAAGGCUUAAUUGAAUAUUUUCUUUAAAGUGUGCCCUUUCUCCCUAUAACCUUGCCUUCCCCUGUUUGGAUAGAAAGCAGGUUUUCAAUCCAGUUGACAUUUCUUGCUAUCUGGAGGCAGUUGCAUGUGGAUGUGAUGUUCCUUGGCAGGACUGCUUAGUAGCUGCUUUUUUGUGUUGUAAAAUGCUUGAAUAGAUUCUGAUUUGGGAACAUAACCCCGAACUGUUCAUUUCAUUCCAAUAUAGGGAGGGAAAAAACCUCACCUUGAUCUUGCUAAUUUUGGGGUAAUUUGGUUUGUGUGUAUGGAUAUGCCCAACAUGAAACACAAUCACCAUACUUACAGAACGCUUGCUUCAUAUUAGACUAGUUUUUUCCAGGCUUUUAUACCUUUCUCCAGGGUAUGUUAGGGAAUUUUCCCAUAUUGGAAUGUUUCGACAUAUAUUGAAUCAGAUAGUUUCACUCAAAGUUAGAAACAUUAAAAACAGAAAUAUUUGCCAAAUGAAUCGGAAGACUAUAAGCUAUAAACUAAUAAACUAUCUCUUUAUUUCUGUGUGGGUCAAGCAGUAAUUUUGCUGUGGGGACCAGAUUCUGAUGUGUAUAGAAAAUAGGCUCUUGUUAUGUUAGCCUCUCUAAUAAUUAUCAACUCAUCCUACUAUCCCUGUCAUUUGUUCGUGCAAUAUAUAUUUCCUAUUUAUUAUGGCAGCAAGGUGGAGGAAGAGCAACAUUUUAGGAGAAAAUCCCAUAAGGAAACUGCUUCUUGGUCUUUUUUUUUCCCUCCCAAAGCUUACACCAGUCUUGCUUUUAGAGGUUGAGACAGAAAUGUUUGGAUGACAGUUGUUCUCUUUGCCCUUAGAAAUCCAACAAAAAGCUCUUUUAUUUUAUAGUAAAUAAAGUACAUUAAGCAACCUUCUA